AGGAGAGGCCGCGCGCGAGAAGCAGCGCGAGGAGCACCGCCCAUGGCCAGCAGCGCCGGCGGAGCGGCCAUCUCCCUGCUGCUCGAGAGCACUGGCUGCUCUGCUGCGUCGUCCAGCCCUGUUGCGGCCGUCGCUCUGGCUGCCUGAACAGACGCAAGGCUGUGCCGGGCUGAGGUGUUGGUCUGGCUGGGCCGGCGGUCACGUGCGUGCGCGCCCGGGAUUUUUGGCGCGGCGCCCCGGCGGCGCCGAGCCUCUCGCACCGUGCUCCGCGCCUCGCCGCGCUUCCUUCUCCGCGCCACCCCCUUCAUCUCUCUCGCCAUGCCGAUGGACACGUCGCAGUACAUGCUGGCGCAGGGCUGGGCCGGCGCCGGUGUGCCGCUCGACGGGCACGGCGGCAACGGCCUCAAGAAGCCGCUGGCCAUUCCGCAGAAGCGCGGCAUGAAGGGCCUGGGCAAGGACCGCGACCGCGCCGUCGAGUGGUGGGACUGUCUGUUUGAGGCCGGCGCAAAGACACUCGCCAUUGCCGAUCCGUCGCGCCCGGCCUCGGCGUCGGGCACUUCCACGCCCGAGGCCUCGAGCAGCACUGGCGCUGCCGCACCGCCGGCCGCCAAGGGCCUUUCGCUCGUCUCGCUGGCGAAGCGCGAGCACGCGCGCCGCUCGCUCAUGUCCGGCUUCGUGCGUGGCCGCGCACACGAGGCCAUCGCCGAGGAGCUGCGCAAGGCCGAGGCGGACCUGGUGCGCCGCGUCGCCGAGCAGGAUCGGCGGCGGCGCGAGGCGCGCGAGCACGAAGAGGAGGAGCGCAGCGCGGCGCGACAGGCACUGGCUGCCGCUGCGGCCGUGCAGCCCAGCAGCAAGGCCCUGGGCAAGCGCAAGGAGAACGGCGAGGCGCUCGAUGCCGAGAAGCAGGCCGCGCGCAAGGCUGCCAGGGCAGCACGCAAAGCUGCAAAGGCAGCAGCGGGCCAAGGCACUGCUGCUGCUCGCAAAGCAGAGGCACGCGCAGAACGGCGGGCACGCAAGCAGGCAAAGGCCGCGAAAGCAGCGGCCGUGCCGUCGCAGGCGCCCGCAGAGACAGCACCGGCAGCAUCGGCGCAGAAGCGCAAGCGGAAAGACGAGCCGAUUGCGCUUCAAGACGACGCGGGAGACGAGAGCAAGGAGGAACGCCGGGCGCGCAGAGAGGCGAAGCGCGCGCGCAAGGCAGUCAAGGCGACAGGUGCAGUCGCGUCGGCAGCGUAGGCAGGCGAGCGCACAAUGCAUCCCUCGUCACCUCUGCAUGCUGUGACAUUUGCCCUCAGUCCACUCGCUGCCGCUUUACUCUUCCCGCAUUCGUCGUGGCCCGCCGCCCGUCGCGAC